AUGCCAGUUUUUGGUAGUAGCAAGAAGAAAUCUGAUGGAUAUUGUUGUAAAAUAUUUACUAUGGAUGCUGAAUUACAGUUCACUAUUGAAGCAACAGCAAAAGGUCAAGAUCUAUAUUCUCUGGUAUGUCAGACAAUUGGUCUUCGAGAACAUUGGUAUUUCGGUUUGAAAUUUCUGGAUAAAGUUUCCAACGAAUGGACAUGGUUACAAUUGAAUCGACCAAUUCUUUCUCAACCAUUGCAUAUUUCAACUCAAACUAAUCCUUCGAAACGACCUGAUUCGCCGACAACAUCAGAUAUUUCUAAAGCUCAUCUUCUUCGCUCGCCACCAACAUCUCCAUCAGUAUCAACACUGAGUCUUCCAUCGUCGUUUUCCAACCAUGGCCAACAACACCCGAAAGGCAUGUUAGAACUAUAUUUUGUCGUGAAAUUCUAUCCCGAAGAUAUUACACAUGAACUCAUACAAGAUAUAACUCGCCGUCUUUUCUACCUUCAAGUAAAACAAGAUAUUCUCAAUAUGGAUAUCUACUGUCCACCGGAUACAGCUGCAUAUCUUGCAUCGCUUGCUCUUCAAGCUAAAUUUUCUGAUUAUGAUCAAAUUAUUUCGUUAUCGGAACCAUUCAAUCUAGAAAACGAAGCUUUACUACCUUUAUCCUGCUUUCAAAAGAUUGAAUUAACGAAAAACGAUUGGUUCGAUCGAAUUAUUGCUUUAUGGCGUACGCACGCAUUAAUGACACGUGACGAAGCAGAAAUGGCUUAUUUGAAACAUGCACAAGAUUUGGAUAUGUUUGGUUUGUCAUUCUUUGAAAUAUCGAAAAUGCAAGGGGGAAACAAAUCCAAUACCUUGUCACAUCAACCCGAUUCCGCAUCCAUUGCGGCUGAAUUGUGGCUGGGAAUCGAUUCAUUAGGAAUUCGUUUCUAUAAAAAGAACAAACUACGACCAGAAGUCUUCUUUUCUUGGUAUGAUGUCAAAUCCAUCAUAGCACAUGAUAAGAAGGUUACGCUCAAUUUGACUAGUGAUAAAAAUGCAACAUUUACGUUCUGCACUGCGAAAUCAUCGGUUAGCAAAGAGAUACUUGACUUGACAAUCGGUAAUCACCAGUUGUAUAUGCGACGUCGACGAGAAGAAUCAAUUGAAAUACAACAAAUGCGAUAUUUCGAAGAGCAACAGAAAAAAGAGAAACUUCGCAUACUUGGUCGAGAACGACAAUUACGUUUAGAUGCUGAAAAGGAACGCGAUGAAAUGGAACGAAAAUUCGUCGAGUAUCAACAACAAAUGAAAGAUAUUCACGAAACAUUGGUUGGCUAUGAUGAACGUAUGAAAUAUCAAGAAGCAGCCGAAUUGUUAGCCCGUAAAGCACACAUUAGCAGUGAAGAAGCGCGAUUACAUGCUGAGAAAGCAUUGGAAGUCGAAACUCAACUCGAACGAUGUAAAUACGAAAUAAAUCGAAAUGAAGAAGAGAAAAGAUUGUAUACUCGGCAAAUCAAUGAUUGCGAACAGAUUAUCUCUACUCUAGUGAAUGAUUCAGUUAAAAAUGGUACUGUUUAUCAUUCCUCUCAUUUCGGCGAAGCUUCUCUUCUUUCGUCCACUAUUGAACAACGCCGCAAGGAGGCCGAAGAACUGAAACUCGAAGUUGCAAAAUGGCGUGUAGCAGAAGCUGCUGCUCGAGAAAAACUAAUGUCAAUCACGCAGUUGAAUCAAUCACUGGCUGCUACAAAUGCAACAGCACAAGCGCAACGUAAUCUCGCUCAAUCAUCACCAAGAACAGUAUCACCAUCACCGUAUCGACCAAAUCAUCGAAAUCAAGAAGAAAAUCAAACGGAUGAACGAGCUUAUUUGAACGAGAAACAAAUCAAACAAAAUCAAGUAGCUUUACAAUUGCAAGAUUUGAAACACGUGAUUCAAGCGAGAAAGAUUGAAGAUCGUUUGACACCACUAGAUAAAGCUUAUGAAGAAAAUUUAGCAGUCGGAGAUAACAAAUAUUCUACCAUGCAACGAGCAAGCUCAGGACCCGCAUCAAAACGUAUGGCUAUGUUACAAGAUUUGUGA